UUUGCUUUUGUUCUUCACCCCCUUUUGCCCUCUUCUCUCACACAUUUUCUUUACCAAUACUCCACAGACAAAUUCACACAAAAUCUUUGUUUUUCUUCAAAAGGGUUGCUUCUUUAUGCAAUUUGAUCCAUACCCAGAAGAGUUUCUUGUUCUAUAUAUUCAAAAUUUGCUCUGUAGGGUUAUCGCAGUGGUAUCCUUUGGAUUUUUUCGGUUUUUAUCAACCCCAUAUCAGCAAAAGUUAUAAUCGGGUUGGUGAUUUUUUGUUGUUGAAAGUUAUGGUGUCUUCGAUGUUUUGCUAUGAAUCAAGUGAAACAGAGACGGAUUAUACUCCUUUUAAGAGAUUAAAGUCUUUAGAAUUGAUGGGAAUGGAUAUAACUUCAAUGGGUUCUAUUGAGGAUGAAAAACAUGAUGAUGUAGUGUCUACGAUGGAUUUAACUGUUGGUUGCUUGCAAAAUUUUGCUUCACCAUUGUGUGUUGAGAUGAGUUGUCAGUCUAAUGGAGAGAGUGAAAACGUUUCGACGCCUUGUGAUGCCGGUGGCAGUUCAACAAUUGACAAGAGUAGUAUGGUGUACCCACAAGCUGUACUUGCAACUGGAUGGAUGUAUGUCAAUGAACAGGGUCAAAUGUGUGGUCCUUACAUUAAGGAACAGUUGUAUGAGGGUCUGUCUACUGGUUUUUUGCCGGAAGAACUUCACGUUUAUCCUGUCUUAAAUGGGGCCAUUUCGAAUGCAGUGCCCUUAAAGUAUUUCAAUCAAUUCCCUGAACAUGUUGCGACUGGAUUUGCUUAUGUAAUGGUUUCGUCCUCUGGUGCAAAUGGACCAACGGAUAAGUCCAUGGGAGUUGCCAAAGAUUCAGGAGGAAAUGAAAUGGAUUUGCAAACAACUUCCCCCUAUUCUAACUCGGUGGCUCAACAUGGAACUCAUUUGUUGAACCAACAGAUGGCUACCACUGGCUCUGCUGGAACACUUGCUCCGUCUACCACUUCGGUCAACGAAGAAUCGUGUUGGUUCUUUGAAGAUCAUGAAGGGAGGAAACAUGGGCCACACUCUCUUAUGGAGCUUUAUUCAUGGUGUCAUUAUGGAUACAUUGUGGAUUCAGUGAUGGUACAUCAUGUUGCUGGUAAGUAUAGACCAUUUAGUUUGAAAUCUUUGAUUAGUAGUUGGACUACGGCUACCCCUGGAGCUCUCUUUUUGUCUAAUCCCGAUGGGCAUGAGACUGCAUCUUUACAAGAUUUUGUAUCCGAAAUUUCUCAAGAAGUAUGUUCCCAGCUACAUAUGGUUAUCAUGAAAGCAGCCCGUAGGACUCUACUCGAUGAGAUUGUUAGCCAUGCAAUUUCAGAGUGCAUCUCUGAAAAGAAAGAUCUCAAGAAAGCCGCUAAUCAAAAGAAAGUCACUAAUCAAAAGAAAGUCAUUAAUCAGUCUGUCAAGAUGUCAUCUCCUGGUACCAGAAUGUCUGCAGGUUGUGGUGGCAGUAAGGCCUUAAUUGAUCCUGAGAGGAGUGCAGAAGCUCCUAAUCUUCUUAACUGGGAAUCUGCUGCUGCUGAAAUCCCUUCGAAGUCUUCAGGAAGCUCGAAAUCUGUUGGAAGCUUUGAGAACUAUUGUGAUUCUUAUACAGUUGUUUGCAGGAAAGUAUUCGAUUCUUGCAUGCAUAGCAUCUGGAAUGCUGUCUUCUAUGACCAUGUUUCAGAGUAUUCAUCUGCGUGGAGGAAGAGAAAACUAUGGUCACCUCCUUGUCUGAUGGUUGAAUCGAGUAUUCAAGCAGUAUCAUAUGCUAAUUGCACCACAAAGCUUUCUACUGAAGUUUUGCAAGGGGAGGAAGAAUCCUUUCCCCCAGGGUUUGAGAAGAAGAAUGUGACGGUGGAUUUGCCACCAGUUUCGUCAUCAAAAGAUUUCACCGUGGAGCUUUCUACUGAAGUUUUGCAAGUGGAGGAAGAAUCUUUUGGCUGUGAUCCUGAUUACCCCCCAGGGUUCGAGGAGAAGAAUAUGACAGCAGAUAUUCCUUCAGUUUCGUCAUCAAAAGAUUGCACCGCGGAGCUCUCUACUGAAGUUUUGCAAGUGGAGCAAGAAUCUUUUGCCUGUGAUGUUGAUUUCCCCCCAGGGUUUGAGGAGAAGAACUUGACAGCGGAUUUGCCUUUAGUUUUGCCAUCGAAAGAUUGCACCGUGGAGCUCUCUACUGAAGUUCUGCAAGUGGAGCAAGAAUCGUUUGGCUGUUAUCUUGAUUUCCCUCCAGGGUUUGAGGAGAAGAAUAUGACAGUGAAUUUGCCUUUAGUUUCAUCACCUUUUAAUGAUGAGAGGGUGUUGUCGAGAUCCAGUCAUGCAACAGACCCUGAAGCUAAUGAUUGUAUACAACCUAUCGUUGAGAGAGUAUUGCAUGAACUCCACUUGUCUGCAAAGAUGUCCUUGGGGAAGUAUUUCACUAGUCUUUUGCAUGAAGAGGCGAUGGGAAAAGUUGAUUUGCUUAAAGACGGCAUGAUAAUCAAGGUUGCUGAGGACCCAAAUACUUUUAGUGGCGCUGCAUGUCAAAAUGAUUCUUCUGAGGCCAUUUUGGUGUCAGAAAACUUAGCACAUGUUGAUAUUCAGAAUACUUCCUCGUGCAAAAGUUCAUUGCACCAGAACUCUAUUGAUCCAUAUGUGAUUCGUGUGUCAGAUUGGUUUUCAAGUGCAUUUCAGAAGUCUGCCAGUUUAGACAGUGCCUCCAGUAAUGAAAUGACUGAUGAGCUGCAACCACCUGAAUGCGAAGCUGUUCCUGUACAAACUUCUAAAGUUCGACUUGCUAGGUCUGAUGAUUCUAUUUUGAGAAUAAUAUGGUAUGCGACCCUGUCAAAUUGCCGGCAGAGGGUACAUGAGAAAGCACUGAGGGAGUUGAAAAGUUUUCUUGUUGAUGAUAUAAUUAGAAACUUUUUGACAACUUCGUCUUCUGCAAGGAGAUGUAGUAAAUCAGAGGAUUCUCAGGUUACAAGAAGCAAAGCGGGUAAUGAGACACGUGAUAAAUCUCCAGUUGCAUUAAGCAAAAGUGGGGAUGGUUCUCCUAAGGUACCUACAGCAGUGGGGAAAUAUACAUACUACCGAAAGAAAAAGAUGGUUAAAAGAAAGUUAGGCUCUUCAUCGCAGCCUCUCCUCGGUGGAGACAUUGGCUAUGAAAAGAGUUCUAUUAACAAGUCAAGGAAAAAAGAUCUCUCGGGAGAAGCAACAGCGAAGACUAAAGGUGACAGUGCAACUUCAAGUGAGAAGGAAAUUGGGCUUAAAGAUUGUCGCAGAGAGUUGUUCACUAAUGCCUCUUUAGUUGUUCCUCCAUCAUCGCUUACUAGUUGUAACACGAGCUCAGAGAAAGAUGCUUCUGUCUACAAAGCGGGGAAAAGUAAUGCAAGCCGCAAAAAACUGAAGGCCACUUUUGUUGCUGAGGUCUGCAGUGAUAAUGGAGAGGUUUCUCCAGACAUUGUCUUUAGAAAGAGAUCUAUUCGCAAGAAGUCAAGGAAACAAGAUCUCUUGGUGGAGGCAACGGGGAGCACUAAAGUUGACAAUGCAGAUCUAAAUGGCAUUGAAAUUAGGCCAAAAGAUUGUCGUAGAGAGUUGUUCACUAAUGCUUCUUUAGUUGUUCCUCCAUCAUCUGUUACUAAUUGUAACACUAUCUCAGAGAAAAUUUCAUCUGCUUCCAAAGCGAGGGGAAGUAGUGCAAGCCGCAAAAAACUGAAGGAUGCUUUUGUCGCUGAGGUCUCCAGUGAUAAUGGGAAGGUUGGUGAAGAUGUUGGCUUCAAAAAGAGAUCUAUCGACAAGUCAAGGAAACAAGAUCUCUUGGGGGAGGCAACAGAGAGCACUAAAGGUGACAAUGCAGCUUUAAAUGUUAAGGAAUUUGGGCUGAAAGAUUGUAGCAGAGAGUUGUUGACUAAUAAGUCUUUAAUUGUUCCUCCAUCAUCGGUUAUUAAUUGUGACAUUAUCUCAGAGAAAGUUGCGUCUUAUUCCCAAGCGAGAAGAAGAAAUGCAAGCCGCACAAAACUGAAGGCUGCUAAUGUCACCGAGGUCUCCAGUGAUAAUGGAAUGGUUGAUGGAAACAUUGGCAUCAAAAAAAGAACUAUUAACAAGUCAACGAAGCAAGAUCCCUUAGGGGAGGAAACGGAGAUCAAUAAGGGUGACAAUGCAGCUUUACAUGUUGAGGAAAUUGGAUUGAAAGAUUGUCACAAAGAGUUAUUCACUAAUGCGGCUUUAGUUGUUCCUCCAUCAUCGGUUAUUAAUUUUAACACCAUCUCAGAGAAAGUUGCAUCUGUUUCCCGAGGGAGAAGUAAUACAGGCCACAGUAAACUGAAGGCUACUUUUGUUGCCGCAGACUCCAGUGGUGAUGGAAAGGUGUCUGAGGUUGCGAACAGGGAAUUGGGUACUCAAGAAAUGCAGCCACCCUCUUGUUCAAAGAAGACUCCUAAAUCAGCAGCCAAAUUACCGGAUUUGAAAAAGAGAAAACUAGAGGAUAAUCUGACAGCAUCUCGUUCAAGAAAAAUUCAGAAACAAUCAACUGGUGUUGGCAACCAAGCUGCAACAAAGGUGGCUACUCCAGAGAAGAACCAGAAGGGUAAAUCCCGGAUAGCAAAACAUUGUUCACAAUCAGUUGGCUGUGCUCGAACUUCGAUCAAUGGUUGGGAGUGGCGUAAAUGGUCGUUAAGGGCAAGUCCUGCCGAAAGGGCUCGUGUUAGGGGAACUAAGGUUGUUCAUAUUCAAUCUGCUAGUUCAGAUGCUAAUGGUUCUCAAAUGUUAAAUGCUAAGGGAAUUUCUGCAAGAACAAAUAGGGUUAAGUUGCGCAACCUCCUUGCUGCUGCCGAGGGUGCUGACCUCUUGAAAGCUACUCAAUUGAAGGCUAGGAAGAAGCGCCUUCGCUUCCAACAAAGUAAGAUACAUGACUGGGGUCUUGUUGCCCUUGAGCCUAUUGAUGCUGAAGACUUUGUCAUUGAAUAUGUUGGACAGCUGAUACGUCGUCGUGUAUCUGAUAUACGAGAGCACUAUUAUGAAAAGAUAGGAAUUGGGAGCAGUUACCUUUUCAGACUGGAUGAUGAUUAUGUGGUUGAUGCGACAAAACGUGGUGGUAUUGCCAGAUUCGUAAACCAUUCUUGUGAGCCAAAUUGCUAUACAAAAGUUAUAAGUGUUGAGGGUCAGAAAAAGAUCUUCAUCUAUGCUAAGCGGCAUAUUGCAGCUGGUGAAGAGAUAACUUACAACUACAAGUUCCCCUUCGAGGAAAAGAAGAUUCCAUGUAACUGUGGUUCUAAGAGGGGAAGAAAUUGAUUGCUAGCUUAAUCCUUUGUAUGCUAGUUCUAAUAGCGAAAGACAAUCUCUCUUUGACAAGAUGAUAGUUUAUGCGACUGUUAUACCCAUCACUGUUAUUUCAGUGUCGUGGCUCGAUGAAUUGAAAUGCAAAAGAGAUGCCAGAUCUGAUGUGUUAGGGGUUCGUUCUUGACCUGUGGUUUACAAGACACUCAUGCUGCCGUUUGCACAGAGUUCGUUAUCGUGUACAUCUUGUAAGCAAUGGGUUUUCCCUUGCAACUCCUGGUCAGGCGGUACCAGAUGCAUACACGUACUUCUGGGUUUACGCAUUCUUGUGAAAAAAGGACGACGAAUGUGUGCCCCUUGCAUGUAUUCUUGUAGAUAUCACAGUUGCAGAUGAGUUCCUCCUCUUAAGAAUUCAAAAUCGGUUGUUCUUUUAUUAUGCAAUCUCAAGGCACUCUUUUGGAACUAUAUCUCGUGUACAGACAUACAUUACAAUAUACCUUCACGUUUCAAGUAUAAUAAUAUACCAUAUUAAUUUCACGGAAUUCAAAGUACCUUUUAGUUUAUUUGGUUGUUAUGUUGAGAGAUAUCUCGUCUUGCGAGGGUCAAUCUGAAAGUCUGUUCCUCACAAAGGUUGGGGUAAGGUUUGUGUACAUCUUACUCUCCCUAGUCUCCACUUGUGAGAUUACACGGGGGAUGUUGUUGUUGAGAUAUCUUGUCACUGUUUCAGUGAUGCGCUAUUUAUUUUCGUCAAUCUUUACAUGUACAGGUCACUAUACUGUGUUAUUUGUGAAUUAUUAGUCUUGAUAAUCUUUCCAUAGAUACAUAUUGCUAUAAUCUGCUGGCUAGCAUGUUAGGAGAGUUUGACCCGAAACUCGAUUUAAGAUCUAAGAUUGUUAAAUUCUACCCUGACUAUAUGUGGAUGUCCCUGGGGUAAGAGUAAUUUUAGCAAUGAAUGCGGGCAUCAUAUUGUUUGGACUCUUCAAAAAUGUUUGUCAGAUCUUCAAACACACACUCGUCGAUAUUUUUGAAGAGUCCGAGCUUACAUAAGCCAUGUGUAUGCUCAAAAUGCUAGAGUGCAUUUACAGGUUUUUCUACCAAGGAUAAAUCAAUACAUGGAUAUAAUUUUUCUUAUUUUAGAAUUUUUUUUAAAUCACUUUGCAGUCGAGUUGAUAAAAUUUAUUUUUUCUGCUUUAGAAUCAAAUCCCAUUUUUGAUAAUAGGUUAUAAUGUUGUACUUGCAUUAUCACAAAGAAAACUUUUUUUUUGUUCUUUUAUACCAAUCUUUAGUUAUUAUUUGUCACAGGGACAAUCAGAUAUUGCCUGUUCAUUCAAAAUUGCUAGUAGAUGAUGAUGUGGGUCUCGAUUGACGCCUUUCUGGUACGCGUCUUUUAUCCUCUAUUUAGUUUUUCUGCCCUCGAUUGUUGCUAGUGGCACUCUCCCUCGAUGAUACUGUAUGAUAGUUUAGAGUGAAGCUCGUGAAGUGAAAAAUACGCGAGUUAAGGGAUUGGGUUGAGAGGGGCAAGAGAUACACAGCUAAUGACAUAUAUUCUCCAUGUUGAAGGUUUUUGAGUAAAUCAUUCCUCCAAAAAUACGAUUUGAAAACCGAAUAAAAAGUAAAUAUACUUGUAUUGGAUUCAUACUCGAAUCCAAUACUACGUUUCAUCAGGCUACACGUCCAAGUCCAAGUUCGCUUGCUUUUUCUAGCCCUCCCGGAACUCUUUAAGACAUAUUCUAGCAACAUUUUCCAAACACAUUAUGUAUAAGUACAAAAGAUGAUAAUAAAAGAAAGAAAAAGAACAAACUUGGUGUACAAAAAUAAGUGUACAUAAUAAUUAAGUUACUAUUUUUUGUGUUUCAUUUAGUAAUAUAAUUAAUUUCAAACAUAUUAUAUGGUAUAUUUUAGUAGUUAGGAUCACAUGAUUCAUAGUAUAUUUUGGUAACUUCUCUAUAGUUUAACCAUACAAGCUUCAAUCGUUUUUCUUAAAUUUCGUGUUCAGUCAAAUUAAGACACAUAAAAUGUAACUAAGAUCGUAAUCAAACUAGGUGUAAAAACUAGAAGGUAAAAGAUUCAAGGCUUAGUUUUAGUAGCAAAUGUUGGACUUAUGACCUUAGACGUGCGAAAUACGUCUGAUAUUUGAGUGGAGAAGGAUAGAAGAUCGGAUUUAUUAUCUUAAGAGUUUCGAAGACUAUGUUUGGUCUUAACGGUUGGUUUUAAAAGAAUUUCUCGGUUAUUAAAAAAAGAGCGAUUUUUCGAGUAGUUUGAGUUAAUAUUGACAUAAUAUUUGCCAUUUAUGUUGAAAAUUUUGUUGUAGUAAUUGUAGUUUGAUCAUAUUAGCAGCACUAAAUUUAUAUAUGUUUGGUAUUUCUUUUUAUUUUAUUUUUUUGGUUAAAUUAUAGUUUUCAUUUAUGGCCCGUGGACCUUUUUUUUUUGGCCAUGUAUAUAAGUAGAUAUAGAUUAAUUAUAUUUUGAUGUAUUCUACAUUUAAGAUCUUAUUUGCACUUUUAGAAUGAUAAAUUUGUAGUUUAAAUUCUGUUGUAUGUAUCUAGCAACAUAACUUAUUUCUAUUUUGUAUAUAUACUUUUUCCAUAAUGAUUUAUUCGAUAGCACGAA